CUGAUGGGGGCGGCGUCAGUUACCCGCGGGAUAAAACCUGCGCGGCCAAGGUAACUGUCUGUCCUUGGUGCUUUUCACAGGGGACGCCCCAAAAGGACGUCACCAUAAAACCCGACGCCCCGAGCACGUUACUUUGGGAGAAACAUGCGGACUAUAUCGCUUCCUAUGGAACGAAGAAAGAUGACUACGAGUACUGUAUGUCGGAGUAUCUGAGGAUGAGUGGUGUCUACUGGGGGCUGACAGCAAUGGAUCUCAUGGGGCAGCUGCACCGGAUGAACAAAGAAGAAAUCCUGGCGUUCAUCAGAUCGUGUCAGCACGAGUGUGGGGGGAUAAGUGCCAGCACAGGUCACGAUCCGCAUCUUCUGUAUACCCUCAGCGCGGUCCAGAUUCUUAUCUUGUACGACAGUCUCCAUGUUGUUGAUGUGAAUAAAAUUGUUGAAUAUAUACAGAACCUGCAAAAAGAAGAUGGAUCGUUUGCUGGAGACAAAUGGGGAGAAAUAGAUACGAGGUUUUCCUUCUGUGCUGCAGCAACGCUUGCGCUUCUGGGAAAGCUGGAUGCUGUCGAUGUGGGGAAAGCAGUAGAAUUCGUUCUGUCCUGUAUGAACUUUGAUGGAGGAUUUGGUUGUCGACCAGGUUCCGAAUCACAUGCAGGACAGAUCUAUUGUUGCACAGGAUUUCUGGCUAUAACGGACCAGUUGCAUCAAAUAAAUGUCGACUUGCUGGGCUGGUGGCUUUGUGAACGUCAGUUGCCUUCUGGAGGGCUCAACGGGCGACCGGAGAAG